AUGACUGAAGCAAAAGAGGCAAUCUUCCGUUCUGCGGAUAUGUCGUUGGUCCAGCUGUACAUUCCGCAGGAGAUUGCUAGAGAAACUGUUUAUACAAUUGGUCAAUUAGGCUUAGUACAGUUUCGCGAUUUGAAUUCAAAAGUUACCACUUUCCAGAGAAGUUUUGUGGAUGACAUUAAAAGAUUAGAUAAUGUUGAGAGACAGUAUCGCUACUUCUACAAGCUCUUGAAAAAGCACGGAAUUAAAUUUUUUGAGGAAGAUCUUUUCAAUGAGGAGGGCCACGUAAGUUUGGCGCCAAGUACUGCCGCCAUUGACGACUAUGUUCAAAGUUCCACAUAUCUCGAAGAAAGAUUGAUCCAGAUGGAGGAUGCAGCAGAGCAGUUGGAACAACAAAAAGCUGACUUAGAGCAGUACAGAUUUGUCCUAAAAUCAGCUGAGGAAUUUUUUGCGAAGGAUCCAAGUAAGGCCAGUGGUGGUGCGCCAUCUUAUAGCGAGAAUGAUGAAGAAGCAGGUGCUCAAGGCUUGCCCAACUCCGUCAGUUACGUCACAGGUGUUAUUUCCAGAGACAAAGUUGAAGUUUUAGAACAAAUCCUUUGGAGAGUUUUGAGAGGUAAUUUGUAUUUCAGACAUGCUGAAUUAUCAGAGCCUGUUUAUGAUCCUAACACAAAAGGAAAAGUUUCCAAAAAUGCAUUUAUCGUCUUCUCUCACGGUGACUUGAUUAUGAAAAGAAUUCAGAAAGUGGCGGAAUCACUUGAUGGAAACUUGUAUAAUGUUGAUGAAAACUCCGAGGCAAGAUCAAAUCAGCUGGCUAAAGUAAACCAAAGUCUUAAUGAUUUAUAUACUGUUUUGCAAACUACUACGACUACGUUGGAAAGCGAAUUGUAUGCAAUUGCAAAGGAGCUUGAUAAAUGGAUUCAAGAUAUUUCGCGCGAAAAAUCUGUAUUUGAGACUUUGAACAAGUUCAACUUUGAUGUCAACCAUAAAACUUUGAUCGCUGAAGGCUGGGUUCCCGAAGAUGAAUUAGUAAAUUUACAGGAUCAAUUGGGGAAAAUGACAUCUGAACUAGGUGUAGAUGUGCCAUCAAUUAUCGAGGUGAUGGAAACCAAUAGAACACCACCAACUUUCCAUAGAACAAACAAAUUGACCUCUGGUUUCCAAAAUAUUUGUGAUUGUUAUGGUAUUGCUCAAUACAAGGAAGUCAACGCAGGUUUACCCACGGUUGUCACAUUUCCCUUCAUGUUUGCAAUCAUGUUUGGUGAUUUAGGUCACGGUUUCAUAAUGUCUUUAGCGGCAGGGGCUAUUGUAUGGAAUGAGACCAAAAUUGGUAAGAUGAAAAGGGGUGAAAUGUUCGAUAUGAUAUAUGCUGGCAGAUACGUUGUUUUAUUAAUGGGUGUUUUUUCGAUGUAUACAGGCUUCCUUUACAAUGACGUCUUUUCAAGAUCUAUGACGUUUUUCAAAUCAGGAUGGGAAUGGCCAGAACAUUGGAAAGAGGGUGAAUCAAUUGUUGCAAGACAAGUAAGUGUUUAUCCAGUCGGUUUAGAUUGGUUCUGGCAUGGUGCUGAAAAUUCAUUGUUAUUUGCGAAUUCAUACAAGAUGAAGCUUUCAAUUUUAAUGGGUUUCAUCCAUAUGACUUAUUCAUACUUCUUCUCAUUAGCAAAUCAUAUCUUUUUCAAGUCAUGGAUUGACAUUGUUGCCAACUUCAUUCCUGGUUUGCUUUUCAUGCAAGGUAUAUUUGGAUAUCUGUCAGUUUGUAUUGUUUACAAAUGGUCAGUUGACUGGGUCAAGGAUGAUUUACCCGCUCCAAGUCUGCUGAACAUGUUGAUCAAUAUGUUUUUAGCGCCAGGUGUUGUUGACGAGGAACUGUACCCACAUCAAGCAAAAAUUCAAGUUUUUCUAGUGUUAAUGGCAUUGAUUUGCGUCCCAUGCUUGCUACUCAUUAAACCAUUACAUUAUAAGUUUACUCAGAAAGAACACCAACCACUGCCAACAGAUGAUGAAAUGGCCGUCGAGCAAUUGACAGGUGAAAACGGUGCAGAUUAUGACAACGAAGAAGAAAGCGGAGGCCACGAAGAUGGUGGUUUUGGCGAUGUGAUGAUCCACCAAGUUAUUCACACAAUUGAGUUCUGUUUGAACUGUGUUUCCCACACAGCCUCUUAUUUACGUCUGUGGGCCUUGUCUUUGGCGCAUGCGCAACUAUCGCAAGUGUUGUGGAGUAUGACCAUUGCUCUGGCCUUCGGUGUUCCGGGAAUCCUCGGUGUCACAAUGACCGUUUGUCUGUUCGCCAUGUGGUUCGUCCUUACAGUGGCCAUCCUGGUCGGCAUGGAAGGUACCUCUGCAAUGCUGCAUUCCCUACGUCUACAUUGGGUCGAAUCCAUGUCCAAGUUUUUUGUGGGUGAAGGUACCCUUUACGAGCCAUUCUUAUUCAUCUAUAAAGACCUAGAUGACGAAGCUAACCCAACUCCUGGUGCAGCUUAG